GGAAUUGGAUUCCACACAAGUGAUUUGAAGAGGGGAUCGCUUUUUCAGUGACAGGAGGGACACGUCAACCUUUAUCCCCAUCCAAAAGUUAAUUACAGUUUAUUUUUCUAUAUAAUAAUAUAAUAAAAUAAUAAUCUUUGUACCAAAAAAUAAAAUACAAUAAUCUUUCAUCUUUUCCCUCCAUCGAGUUGUUCGUUCGGCGAUUCUCUGCAAAUGCAGUUAACAUCUCAACUGUUAACGCUAUGACUUUCUCCGCAUCAUCUCUUCGUCCUACCUCUUCUCCUUCCUAUUCACAGUUGUUAUGUUCUCUUAGGUACAAUAGGAAGCUUCAUAGCCAAAUAAGUUUUGUUGUGACUCAAGGAAGAAAAGAUCGUUGGUUAAGGAAUGGUGUUACUGUUAGAUCAGUGUUGAAUAAUAAUAGGCCUAGUUUUAACAAUUAUGGAUCGGCUGAGCCUGCUAGGGUUCUUCUUGAGAGGUUGUUUGAGCAGACACACAAGCUGGAGGAUCGCAUGAUAGGAGAGGAACAGCCAGAUCUUAGCGGUUUUGAGUCGGAUCUUUUGGCGGCGCUUCUGGUAUUGAAGGAGAAGGAGGAUCAUUUACAGGAAGUUGAGAGAACUGUUUUGUUGGAGAAUAGUAAAUUGAAGCAUGCUAAAGAUGAGUUAGAGCGCCAAGAGAAUGAAAUUGAGGCUGCUCGCGAGAAAUAUGACAAACUUGAAAGGGAGAUGAAGGAGGCUACGGCUACUUUGGUUUCUCAAGCGGGACAGAUAGAGGAACUGAAGCUCCGGCUUAGGGAUCGUGAUAGUGACAUUGUCGGUUUACAGGAUGCGUUGUCUUUGAAGGAAGAAGAGGUGGAGAAAAUGAGGAUUGGUUUGGCUAAGAAGACUGAAGAAGCUGCUUGUGUUGAUUCAGAGCUUAGACAUAAGGUUCAGCUUCUGACUGAAGCAAAUGAGGUUGUGAAAAAACAAGAGAUUGAACUUCAAGAACUUCAGAGAGUUGUACAACAAAGAGAAGAAGAACUACGAGUUUCUGUAGCUGAGAGGGAAGUUGAAGGGGAAAAGGUCAAGAUUGCAGAGGCCUCUUUGGAAAAGCAGGCGAUGGAGUGGUUGUUAGCUCAGGAAGAACUUAAGAGGCUGGAAGAGGAGUCUUCGAGGCAUGCACAGGAGAGUAGUGAAACGCUAGAGGAUUUCAGAAGGGUGAAGAAGCUUCUCAAUGACGUGAGGUCUGAAUUAGUUUCAUCUCAGCAAUCACUGGCACAUUCUAGGAACAAAAUGGAAGCACAAGAGAGGUUAUUGGAACAGCACCUGAAUGAACUUUCAGAACAAAGGGCAAGUGUCAUGUUGUACAUGGGAAAUUUAAAAGAUGCCCAAAUAGAAGUGGAGAGGGAAAGAAUGAAACUUAGGGCUGCAGAGGCUUUGAACAAAAAACUCGAACAGGAUCUGUCCACGGAGAGGGAGCUCAUGAAGAAGUUACAGGAGGAGCUGAAGAAAGAGACAGCUUCUUUGGAGCAGGCUGUCCAAGCAAUGUCUUUGCUUCAAGAGGAAUUAGUUAAAAAAAGUGCUGAAUUUAAGCAAUCAAGUGCCGUUCUUGAGGUCAAAGAGUCAGAGCUUGUUGAUGCUAAGCUAGAAAUCCAGCAUUUGAGAUCUGAAAAGGCUUCUCUUCAGAUUCUCUUGGAGGAGAAAGACUUGGAACUUUCCAAUGCUAGGAAGAUGCUGGUGGAAUUAAACCAGGAAAUCUCUGAUCUUAAGAUGCUAAUGAACAAUAAAGAAACGCAACUUAUUGAAGCAACCAACAUCUUAAGGGAGAAAGAUGAGCAUGUGAAGAUAAUCCAGAAUAAGUUGGAUAAUACAAACCUCAAGGCUUUUGAGGCCGAAACUGUAGUAGAGCGAGUUUUAGAGCUCACAAACAAAAUGGUUGCUUCCAUUAAGAAUGAAGACAUCAAUGAAAUGGGUGAUCAACUAAUCAAGCAACUUUUGGUGGAGCCUACAAAUGAAUUGAGUUGGCAACAAAAACAGCUGGAGAAUGUGCUCGAGUUGACCAAAGAAAACUUAAAAACAAUGGAGAUGGAAGUUCUUGCUGCACAGAAGGCUCUAACAAUAAAAGAAGAGGAGCUUAAAAUGACUCUUGAAAGAUUGGAUGCGAAAGAGGAAGAGUUAAGAAAAGCAAGGGACAAGGCAACAGAAGAUGCUAAUGAUCAUAAAACAUUGUACGCAAUGACGCAGGAGAGAAUCAGUGAAAUCAGAGAAAAAGGUAUGAAAGACUUUGCAAUUGAGAAGCUUCAAUUUGAGGCAGCUCAGCUUGAAGUUGAAGCUGCUACUAGUGCUCUACAGAAACUUGCAGAAAUGAGUCAACAACUUCUGAACAAGGCCAUCCUGAGUGUUGAAGCUGAUAGCUACAUCAGUGUCAUGCAAAACAACAAUGAUUUUAAACUCGAUUUGAUCACAAAUAUGAAUUGCAUUGACUGUUUUUCUGUGGUAAAAGCAGGAGCUGCUCGACUCUCAGCAUUGACCGAGCAACUUGUAAUGGAUGCGGGUCUCGCUGCUGCAAACUAGAAGAUAUGUUGAAGGACGUCGCAGAGGGAUAUUGUAUGUUGUUGUUAUUUUUACGGGCCCAAGCCAUUGCUAGGUUAGCCAGGAAAAAUGUAGGUCAUAAGAUAUUCACUUUUGUUUCCAAGAUAUGUAUAUAGCGAUUGUAUCUGUUGUCUAGUUGUGCUGGUUGAAACUUAUUCUGUUGUACAAGUCACAUUUAGAGUGUAUUUCUUUUUUACAACAAAUAUUUUAUCAGUUUUGCAUAUUUGUUUUUUUUCCAUUAAACUUGUGUAUAUGAUCAAAUAAAUGAAUAAACAAUACGCUCCAUUUUUCUGGC